AUGGGGAGGAGCAUUAAAGAGGGCAAUCCCCCGGAUCUUCAGCUUUUUUGUGCGGAAGACGGCGGAAUCUCUUUCACCGCUGCGACGCACGUGUCGGUUCCAAUUCCCCUGAUUCUCCCCAGCAGCAUCAGGAGCGCGAUGAGCAACACCACACCCACGGUCUCCUACGAGAUCAAGGAAUUACCACCGCAUCCUCAAAUCGAGGCGGGACAGCGAUACCGAACACAUCUCCACUAUGUCGCACUCGCAGCGACAUGGGCUUCAGAUCUCUAUUUCGUCGUCCGCCUGGGUCUCCUGGUCACAGCGGCCCAGCAGAUGUGGCAGAUGUGGCUCAUGAUCACUGUUGAAUGGAUCUUUUCUCGUGUUUGUCGACAAAACCAGCUCCUCACUGUGGCAGCGGGCCAUGCCUCGUCCCGUCCCCGACAGCGACUGCGUGUACAGGGAUCAGCCAGCCUGCCCAAAAUUGACGUGCUGAUCCCCUGUUGCGGCGAGCCUCUGGAUGUAAUCCUCGACACCGUCCGCGCAGCAUGCUGCAUGGAGUACCCCGUCACUCAAUUUCGAGUCCUUCUUCUCGACGACGGGGGGUCAAGCUCCCUCAAAGAGGCGAUUCAGGAGCUCCAAUCCGCGUACCCGAAUCUAACCUACCACACGCGCGGUUCGCACCCAGGCAAGGUCUUUGCCAAAGCUGGCAAUCUGAAUUACGCCAUCUUUUCGCUGCAAGAAGACUUCCAACCCGAGUACUGUGCAAUCCUCGACGCAGACUGUAUGCCGGCGCGUGACUUUCUCCGCGCGACGCUCCCGCAUCUCCUGCUCAACCCGCAGGCUGCCCUCCUCACAACUCGGCAAUACUAUUACAACCUGCCAAACGGCGACCCGCUGUCCCAAUCUCGCAUCCACUUCUAUGCCUGCCACAACGCGGACCUAGACGUCCAGAAAUCUGCAAUCGACGCGGGCUCCGGCGCGCUCUUCCGCCGCCAGACAAUCCUCGACCUAGGCGGGUACCCGACAUUCUCCUUCUCCGAGGAUUGGCAGCUCUCUUUGAUCUUACAAGGCCAUGGACACGAGACAUUGCAAGUUGAAGAACCGCUGCAGUUCGGACUCGUGCCUACGACGCUCCAGGGUCAUAUUGCGCAGCGGAAUCGCUGGAACAUCGGACAUGCGCAGCAGAUCAAGGCUUUGCUUCCGCCGACGAGUAAGGCGCUACCCAGGUGGUUGGCGUGGGAUAUUGCAAUCAAUGGGGUUCUUAUUGUACUAAGCUUAGUUGGCUACUUCGCGGGAUAUCUAGCCCUACCGGUUUUGCUACUUGCGGAGAAAGAGAGCCUCAUCCCUGUGGCAGGGGGCUGGGCAUUUAGGCUCCAGUUGAUCCUUGCGGCUGUGCAGGUUGGCUUGAUGUGGUUGUAUGCGUGCCUACAGGCUGCGAGUACCGGAUUCAGAGUGUCGCUCUUCUCGCAUCUCGAGAAUAGCUGGCUUGCGGGGACACAACUGUUCGCAAUAUUCAAGUUCUACUGCUUCACGAGCAAGCCCAAGGGAUCGUUCGUGACAGGAAGCAGUGCGAACUCCUGGAACAGAUCGACCACUCCGUCGCUGUAUACAAAGCUCCUACAGACGGUCGGUAGCGGGGCUAUGUUUGGUGUUCUUCUGUUCUCCGUCACCACCGGUUCACUAUUCUAUUCGAUCUUCAAAGCCUUCGGCCAGACCAGUCAACUCGGGUCAAUGACAGACACCAAGGACGGUCUAAUGCGCCUCCUAACGACAGUCGCCUGGCCGCCACUCCUUCAUCUCUGCUAUCUCAGCAUCACGAAUCUCUCCGUCCCCGUGAUGUGUCUGCUUCGCCCACCUCAGUAUCCCGAGAGAGCGACGCAGCUUGAAGAUGUGAAGGGAGAUGUUCACCUGCCUGGAGUUCCGCGGCUUCCGCGACGUGAGGUGCAGGCGGAGAUCUCGUACCAAAAGCAUCCGCUGCCUGCCGUGUCUCUUAUUUUGGUGCCUGCUGUUUUGGCCGGGGUUAUGGUGGGAACUCUCUUCGUGUAA